CUGCACAUCAGCUAAUUAUAGUCUUCAAAUCUUCACCAGACUUGCUUAAAACUCGCUAAAAUCAUAAAAAAAUCAGAACCCCAUAACAUCUUCGCUCUAAAAUCUCUAAAAUAGCCUAAUUUGCUGAUCCCUCACAAAUACGAUCACCUCACGAUCACCUUAUUCCUCUCAUUACCCUAUUGCAUGCCUAACUUUUAAUUUCUCCAUAAACAUCUCCACCAUCCAGGCUAAGCAGAGGAGGUUAUUAGAAGUCAUAAAAAGACAACCAGUGGUCCUGAAAGCUCAUGUAUUUGGAGAUAGAGAUAUUUUAGUGGUGAUUAAGCUCAAGGAGGCUAAAAACAAAGCAAAUGAUUUGUUUUUCAUGUCUCCAAAUAGGCAGCAAAUCUUAGGGUUUCCCCAAUGAUUACUAUUUAAGAAAAGAAAAUUUGAUAUUUAUAAUAUUAAAAUGAACAUUUCAAAUUUCAGCUGUGGUUCAAAUCUCACCGCUUUCUCAAAAUGGAGAUACUCUGACAUCAUCAGAGACCUCGAAAAAAUAUACUGAAUGAGUGGAAUCAAUGAAGAAAUACAAUCUCUGCCUUGUUCUUGAACCUACCCUCCUCAACCAACUCCACUGGUUGUCCAAAACCUUCCACACAACAACCCAAAUCUCCCCAAAACCUCAUUUCCAAUCUCACCACCCCUCACUCCCAAAGCCCUCAACCGAAAAUCUACCUCAAGACCUUCUGACGCAAAAACUUCCGAAGAGGCCAAGCAAGAAGUGAGGUCUCCUGUAGUACUAAAGAAGAGGAGAAGAAGAACCGAGCUGUUGGACAUCAGCCAAAAACUACUUAAAAUGAAAGCAAGUAUUUUGAAACAGUAUGUCAAGGGCUUUGAGUCUGUGAGGAAGAGAGCUAAGAGUGCCAACCAGAAGAAUUUUAGCAGAAGAUCUAAGUAUAUAGGGGUCUCGAAGAAUAUUUGAAAUUGGCAAGCGCUUAUUAAUGUUGGGAGUGUUAAGAAGUAUAUUGGCACUUUUGUGGAUGAACACCAAGCAGCAAGAGCAUUUGAUAUCUAUUCGAUUGCACUGAGAGGAGAAAAGGCGCCGAUUAAUUUUGAUUAUACUGCCAAAGAAAUGCUAGAGAGGAUUGAAUACUUUUUAGAGAAUAAUAGUGUUAUGUAUUAA